UCAUUUUACUCUCAGACGUCGAUGCUUUCGCGUUGCGAUUAUGCACUAUUUUCUAAAUAUAUCACUAAACUUGUAGAUAGUUUUUAAGUGUUCAGGCGUUUUGAAAAAAGGAGUUUUGAACGUGUUUUCGAAGGAUUUUAGAAUAAUUUAUUGGACGAAUUUUGAAAGGAUUUUUCGGACUUGUUAAAGUUUUUUGACGCUAUGAUAAUCGUGUGGUUGUUGUUGGCUGUGCCGUUGUUGUGGUUGGUGGCGUUCCGGUAUCGGAGACGGAGGAUGUACGCGCUCGCCUCCCGCAUUGCCGGGGGGAAAGAAGAGCUGCCUUUUAUUGGGAUUACACAUAAGUUCACGGGAACGACGGAGGAUAUCAUGUCGUCUCUCAAGGACCUCAGUUACACGGCCAUGGAAAACGAUGGGUUGAUCAGAGGUUGGCUCGGCCACAUUCUUUAUUUUCUGGCCCUGGACCCAGUGGAUCUUGAAGUGGUGUUGAAAACGUGCUUGGAAAAGGACGAUCUGCACCGCUUCCUAAGGAAAAUUAUUGGCUACGGAGCAAUAUUCGCUCCAGUUUCCAUCUGGAGACCAAGACGGAAGAUCCUCGUGCCAGCAUUCAGCCCGAAGAUCGUGGAGGGCUUCGUGUCGGUGUUCGCGGAGCAGAGCCUGAAGCUGGCCGGCAAGCUGGGGGAGCGGGCCGGUGCGGGCAAGCUCAGCGUGUGGCCUUUCAUCAGCUCGUACACUCUUGACUCUGUCUGCGAAACCGCGUUCGGCGUGAAGAUAAACGCCCAAGACGACGAGAAGUCCCCGUUCCUGGUGGAACUCAAUAACAUCCUGCAGCUGGUCUGCGAGCGCAUCUUCCACUUGUGGCUGCAGCCUGAUUGGCUGUAUAAGUUCUUCCCGCAGUAUCGCAAGCACAAGCAUUGCUUGCGGAUCUUGCAUGGAUUCACAAAUGACGUUAUAAUGAAGAAGCGAGAAGAAUUAAAAGCGGCUAAACGUCUUGAGACACAACGUGAAAUCGAUCUAUCAGAUUAUUCCAACAAGACGUUCCUGGAUCUACUCAUCCACUUUUCUGGCGGCGAGAAGGGUUACAGCAACAUGGAGCUGCGAGAAGAGAUCCUGACCCUGACCAUCGCGGCCACCGACACGUCGGCCACGGCCGUCGGGUACACGCUCAUGUUGAUGGCCAAGUAUCCGCACAUUCAAGAGAAAGUUUUGGAAGAGCUCGAUGAAGUGUUCGGAGACUCGGACCGACUCUUCGAAAAGGAGGACCUGCUUCGUCUGAAAUACUUGGAGCGCGUCAUCAAGGAGACGCUGAGGCUGUUCCCGCCCGUGCCUUUCAUCAUCAGGAAGGUUGAGGAAGAAAUUACGUUGCCCUCUGGUCGCGUGCUUCCCGCCGGUUCAGGCGUGGUGGUCUCCAUCUGGGGCACGCACCGUAACCCCAAGUACUGGGGUCCGGACGCGGAGAAGUUCGACCCCGACCGCUUCUUGCCGGAGCGGUUUAAUCUCAAACACCCGUGCGCCUUCAUGCCUUUUAGCAGCGGACCGAGGAACUGCAUUGGUUACCAGUACGCCCUGAUGUCGAUCAAGACAGCGCUAUCAUCAGUACUCCGGUACAACCGCGUGGUCAGCGACAAGGAGGCGUGUGCCACACCGCAGAUCCGCGUCAAGCUUGAUAUCAUGAUGAAGGCUGUGGACGGGUACCAGGUGGCACUGGAGAGGAGAAGAACACCUAGAAGUUGUCAAGAGAAAUCAUAAAUUGUGUAGUGAUUAGUGUAGACUUGGCUUGCUGCUGUGUGGCUGUUGAAAGUGGCAGUAGAUGGCUCCUGACACUGAAGUUGCGAUGUCGGUACAGAACACAUUUGUUGACAGUUAGACAAGGAUCGUUUAAGACGGAACUGUACGGGUAAUUUCAUGGUAACUCGAUUUCGCGCGCACACGUAGGUACAAACUUUUUACCAUUCAGGCCCUCGAGUUGUGAACGUGAAAUGUGUGCGUGUCACGUGUAAACAGGAGGAAAUCAGUUUUGCCACUUUUGUCUUAGCAGCAGCGCUACCUCUGCAUAUCUUUCAACUCUGUGCUUAGAAUAUUGUGAUAAUAAGUGAUAAAAUUGUAUAGACGGAAGUGCCUUAGAAGUGAACCUAAUAUGGCUAAUCUAGGCUAAAAGUUUCUGAAUCUGUCAAUAUACUUUGAACUUUCUCUCAAAACGAAAAAGUCAUGCUUAUAACUUUUCUCGUGUCAUUCUUAAGACAAAUUUUUGAAGAUGGAUCCUUUUCGAUAAACUACGAACACUUAAAGGACAUUUACCUACCUACCAAUUAGUACGAAACGAUUUUGCACGUAUGUUAUCUUUUUGUGAUCUGUGUACAUACGUAGAAGACAGUGGUUUUCUCAUGUUACGCGAAAGUUAUAAAUGUACUUAAUAUUGUUAAAGCCACUUGCAUCUUUGCAACACUCCUGGGCUAGCCCUAACUUAGACUUAACCGUUAACCCAGAGGUCAAUUGUACUGGUAACUCUGGGUUUAACCGGUUAAUCCCGAGUUAGUGGCUAAUCCUGGAUGGCGCAAGUGAACUUGGUCUUUCAUCUUAGAAUGGGUUAGGAUUAAAGGGACAUAGCAUUGGUGAUUUUACGAAUGUGAAACCAUUAUUGUCUUAAAGUUGGGGGGUAAUUUUUUCCAUUUAAAAAUAUGGAGAAAUGGGCAAUUUUACAAAAAGUUAUUGGUACUUACAGUAUGUUUUAUAAAUUGCAAAGGUUUAUAUUGUUUCCAGAAACACGAGCUCUUUCGAUUCUGAGAAGUAUUUCAUAAUUUCAAUACAUUUUUCGCGCCGUCCAUUCCGUGAUCGUAAAUGGUGAAGAGGUAGAAAAAAACUUGGGACACUUCAUUUUCUUAUGUAUACGAGUCCAUAUAGCUCGUAAUUCUGAGGGACCAACUUUUUUAAAUGGUCCAAAUACUCGUUAAUUAUUAGUAAAAUAAGACGGACUCACAGAAUGGAUAUCAGGCAUUAGAUUGAUGCGUACAUUUUUCCUGGGGCGUUGAUUACCGAAAUAUAUUUACUGGAUAAAAAUAAAAGAAUAUUGUUAGAUCUUAACCAAUAUUUGAGAUUAGAAUGUACUUUGUCUCAUACAUCCAAAUACAGGUACAAGCAAUGUAAGAAUGCAGCUGUUCAUAGGAACUUGAGUCUGAAUUUGAAGAACCCGACUCGUUUUAACACUUUUAACGAGGUUCAGUGCUAAAAACUUCCGAGUAUUUUAAGUCCCGAGUCAAGUCAAGUCCCUUUAUUGAGUAUUUUUAAGCGCAAAUACAGACGCCAUCAACAAUUUUAUAGGUUUUAUCUAAAUGACAGUACCUAAAUAUAGCCGUUAUAUGAUUUGCGUAUCUUACUCAUGUCUCUACAUAUGACUCUGAGUCGAGCCUUAAAUUAAAAGCAGGGGCCUUUUGAGCCUUUUCUUCGUCCUUUACGGACUCGAGUCUUAACACUCUUAACACACAAUAGCGCCGCCUGCGUUAGGCUUUGCGCAGUUAUCCUCAUUUUAGAUACUUGCCCCGUAUUAUGAUGCCUUAGAUACAUCUCUAUACAGCUGAUUUGUGCUUGUAAGCUUUAUUUUAAUUACGAAAUCCUAUUAUUUAUUUAUGCAGAGAAGUACCGUUUUGUGUGUUAAACAUGACCUUACUUAAUAAGUUGUAAAUAAAUAUUAAAUAAGUA